AUGGCAAAGCCUGCCGCAAGGCAUGCCACCCCGGACGGCGAGAACGAUCCCACGCUUGCUACUCCUCGAGCCAAACCAGCUCAGCUACUGCCUUCUCGCAGUAGCAUGACCAACAUCACAAACUCCGUCGCCUCGAAACGAAUCCUGCCUCCGCACAUGCAAUCAGCUGCCAUGCCAAAGCGACCCUCCGAGUCACUCAAAUCUGCCAUGAGCAGCUCUUCCAAUGCGACCCCUCAGCCGAGGAGGAAGCGCACAGAUGCGGAACCCGCCACCGUCACCCCUCGCCCCAAAACCUUCUUUGACAAAUCUUCCGGUAUGCGCCAGAUGCAGUCCGUCAGCGACAUCUCUAGGCUCACAGCCGCUUCCUCCUCCAGCGAUGAUACCUCCAGAGCCGAUGAGAUCGAGCCCGUCAAAGCGUACCUCCGCAUCCGACCUCCUUCCAACGAUGCGCCCAAAGAGUCGGCUCGUCCUUACAUCGAGGUCGUCAGCGAUACCGAGGUUCUAAUGCACCCUCCUUCUCAAUCCGCUUAUAGCAGCGGUAUCCCCGGUUUCAGGUCAAGAACCGCCAGCAUCGCCCCUCCGACCAAGUACAUCUUCAGCAAAGUCUUUGGCAGUCAGACCAACUCUUCUGGCGCCCAGCAAGACAUGUCUCAGUCCGCCUUCUUCCAGCAGACCACACUGCCCCUCGUGGAAGCACUCCUCCAGGGCGAGAGCGGCCUCAUGUUCACCUACGGAGUCACCAACUCGGGCAAGAGCCACACCGUCAUGGGCAAUAGCGAAGCCGGAGGCGCAGGCAUUCUGCCCCGCUCGCUCGACGUCAUCUUCAACAGCAUCAAAGGUGUCGAGAGUACCGCAAGCAUCCAGCCCUCCGGUGUUUCUGGGGUUCAGCGCUUCGACAAGCAGUCUGCACAAGCCGAGGCCACUUCCAGCCUCGGUGUAAAUCCGUUUUUGAUUCCCAGCGUCUCCCGCCGGCUCUUCGGGGAGGCCCCUUCUCGGGCUGCAAAGCCGUCAAAGCCCAUGGAGCAUGACGCUACCAAGGUACCCGUAGAUCGCAACCUCCGAUACAGCGUUUUCGUCAGCUACGUCGAGAUCUACAACGAGAAGCUGUUCGACCUCCUCGAUGUCUCGCCUGGCUCCACCCUCGGUCGCUCGGAAUCGGUUCGUGGCUCCAAUUGGAGUCUUGCCAACCUCGCAAACGCUGCCCCGAGCUCCAUUCCUGCAAGCGCUAGCAGCAUCACGCUGAACCGCAAACCGCUCAGUCUCAAGAACGACCACGAGAAUGGCGGUAAAUACGUCGCUGGUCUUCGCGAGAUCAAGGUCACCUCGGCACAAGAGGCUCGCGACCUUCUGCAUCGAGGUCAGGAGAAUCGCGCAGUCUUUGGUACGAUGGCCAACAGGGCCAGCUCGAGAAGUCACGGCAUCUUUACCAUCAAAGUCAUUCGCCAUCAUGGGGGUCUCACCACCCUGUCCGACGACGAUCUCGACUCUUUCACCACCGCACGUCUCAGCAUUGUCGAUCUGGCAGGCAGCGAGCGUGUCGCCAACACCGGUCUGGCCAGCGGCGACCGUCUCAAGGAAGCCGGCAACAUCAACAAGAGCUUGAUGUGUCUCGGUCAGUGUCUCGAGACGCUCCGCAAAAAUCAGGUGCGCCUCACAGGGUCCACCGAGGGCGGCCAAGCUGCGACGGUGAAGCGGCGCAUGAGCAUCGUGCCAUUCCGUCACUCAAAGCUAACGGAGCUCUUCCAGAGCUUCUUUGUUGGCGAGGGCAAAGCUGUCAUGAUCGUCAACGCGAACCCUUACGAUACGGGCUUCGAUGAGAAUUCGCACGUCAUGAAGUUCAGCGCUAUCGCCAAAGAGGUCGCCGUUCCUCGUCACACGGGCGCCGUAACCAAGAUGUUGCCUCCGCUCCCGCCCGUACAAGAGCGCGCGUCAGGAUCUCGCUCGCUGCCCAAGUCAAAAUCGAGCAUCGACAUCAUCCCAUCAGACAGCGAGACUAGCGCAGAUGUCACCAUCAUCGAGGACGACGAAGAGCUCGACGACGAGAACCACGACUCUUUUGUCGACAUGCUCGUCGAGAAGCACGAGGAGCUGCGCCAGAAGCUGCAUGCUGCUGAGCUCCGCUGCGCCACCAUCGAGGCCGAGGUGCGACAGGAGAUGGCCGAUGAGAUGGAGCACCGUCUCCUCGAGAUGGAGGAGUUCUACAACCGCAGAAUGAUGACCGACGCCGAGCAAAAUGCACAAUUCACCAAUCGCAAGAUCGACUUGCUCGUCAGUACGCAAGCUCGAAACGAACCAGACCUUAGUACUCAAGGCGAUUCCGAGUUGCACCUCUCCGAUAUGAGCGUCAGCGAUGACGACCAUUACGAGUCUGGACACGACGAGGCGGAGGUCGAAGGUGCACUUGCUUCCAAGAGAGGCGGCGGUCUGGACCGCAGCAUGAGCGAAGUCAGCGCUAGUGAUCAGGACAGCGUGUUUGACGAUGCAGUCGAGGGUGACAUCUCAGCGCCCAUCGUCAUUGACGACGAUUCCGAACAGGAGCAAGCCUCUGACGGCGAACAUGAUGACGACGACGAGUCUGCCAUCCUCAAGCCAGGGAGGAUUCCUCAGCGCCGAGCAGCCAGCCAGGGCAAAAACUACGCCAUCUCCGAAUCCUCCAUCUCCGAAGCAGGAGAAGAUGAUUCUGACCUUGAGUCGGAAUCUGACGCAGCGUCGGCGAGCGACGAGGACGACGACAACAUGUCUUCAGCUGUCAGCGCUGCCGGCGACGACGAGAACGACAGCAGCGACGACAGCGACGCUGACGAAGAUGACGAUCCGGACAGCAGUAGGCUCGCAGCCGAAAGAGGCGAGACGCAGGCCUUCAUUGAGAUCGCGUCCAGCUUGCCCGACGGCAGCCUCGAUUCUAUCGCCAGCGCUCCUGUGGCAAAAGAUUCGGACUCGUCCUUCGACGAUGGCAGCGCCUUCUCUGACAGCGACGAGGACGAAGACUCUCGAUCCGCACCACGUCCGCCACAACGCAAAUCCGGUCGCACCAGCAACGUCAACAACAGCGCUCGCGGCAGCAACGGCAGCACUGCCACGACCCGCGCCCGUCGCUCUUCGAACAAGCCGCGCAAUUCGGUCAUCGACCUAGCUGGUCAGCUCACAGACCUGAGUGACGCCAGCAUGGUCGUCGAAGAGACCGUGACGCCUAAGAAGAAGCGCAAGCUGCGCAAGAAGGCGGCCGUGCAGGAAGACGACUGGGUCGAGCAGAUCGGUGACUCGAGCCUCGUCGAGGCGGUCUACUCGACCAACAAUAAUUCAGCCAGGGCAUCGGGCGCGAGUCGGGCUUCGCGCAGCUUCAGCAGUCGAAAGUCUGGUCGCUAUUGA